CGGAAUCUUCAGGUCCCAGCUCGAGUUUCCGACCGGGCACUUUAUGGCGAGGGACGCGGUGGAGUCCUGGCCAAAACAGUCCGGGUUUUUCUCCUCAACACUUAUCGCGAACCCUUCGUCGCAGAGAACGGCCCGAAAUGAAACUCUCCAGCUCUAUCCUUGGACAUGGUGGCUAUGACUCUGAUUUCAGUGAUGAGGAAACAGGAGAGAAAGCUAACAAACAGAAAAAUAGAAAUGAAGAUGCAUUACUCAAAAAGCCCUUCCAGAAGGAAAAGCAGAGCCAGGUGGCUCACAGACAAGUGGCGACAGAUGAAUGGAACAGGGAAGAAGCAAGAAAUCAAAGAUUUCAUUUCAUAGCAAUGGAUGCUUAUGCAAGGCAUAAGAAAUUGGUGAAUGACUAUAUUUUAUACUAUGGUGGUAAAAAAGAAGACUUCAAACGUUCAGGAAAGGAUGACAAGACCGAUCUUGAUAUUAUACGAGAAAACCACAGAUUCCUGUGGAAAGAAGAAGACGAAGCUGACAUGAGCUGGGAGAAAAGGCUCAGCAAGAAAUACUAUGAUAAAUUAUUCAAAGAGUACUGUAUAGCAGAUCUGAGUAAAUACAAAGAGAACAAGUUUGGAUUUAGAUGGAGACAUGAGAAAGAGGUUGUAUCAGGAAAAGUACAGCUUGAUGAUCCUCUCACCCUGACUCUGGCCCCAUAUGAGACAGGAGAAGUGUUUGGGCACCUUUUGGUUGCAGUUGGGCAAGAAGAAAAAGGGGACGUUUGGAAGGUUGAUAGUGAAUACUUUUUCGUAGCUCCCCAACCACAACCGGAAGGUCAGUUUUCCUGUGGAAAUAAGCACUGUGAUGAAAAAGAAGGUUUGAAGAGUUGGGAAGUGAAUUUUGGCUAUGUUGAGCAUGGAGAAAAGAAAAACGCUCUUGUUAAAUUAAGACUCUGUCCAGAAUGCUCUUAUAAAUUAAACUUUCAUCACAGGAGAAAGGAGGUUAAACCAACAAAAAAGAGAAAGAGCACAGAACAAAGUUCUGAAGUAUUGAAUUGUAAGAAGUCUAAACCGUCUGUACCACACCAAACAAAGUCAAAGAAAAAGAAGAGCCAUAAAGAUCAAACAUCAUUAGACGAAUCGGACACUUCUGAUACAGAUUCUGACAAGGGUGACCAGCAAGAUGGUCCUUCAGAUGCUGAUUUCUGGAAGGGACCACCACAGGACACAGAAGAGAAAACACGGGAGGAACAAUUUGAUGAGUACUUUCAAGACUUGUUUCUCUGAAAUGUGGCACACAUCUCUACAAACGUUUUUAUGAAUCCUCAACAUCUAUCAAUAAAUAUUAAGCUUUCACAUUUCAUAACAUACAUUUAUCAUCACAUGUGGUUUUAUUUAUGUAAUGCUGUGGAUUUUUUGGCAUUUGUUUUCUUUUUUCAGUCUAUGCGGAUUUUUGGUAAAAAGACAAUUUUGAAGGAAUGUCCCAAGACUUUAAAAAAAAUGAAGUAGGGCAUGUGCAGCUCGACUGACAGAAGCACAUUUCCUUUCUCCCUCCAACCUUCAGAAGAUACACAGAUGUUAGAGGCAGCCUGUUAAAUGUGAUGGGAUGUGUUGUGGUUAAAGAGGAGUAUCUGGAAAUCAAGUAAAAACACCUUCUGGGAGCGGAUCCAUUUCCUCCAAGGAAGACAUUUUGUAGACCCAGCAUAUAUACUUUUGGGGAAUCAUAAUUCUGAGAUAAAAAGGCAAUUUAUAAAAGCUUUAAAGAGCCAUUGAGAUGUAAAGGCAAUUGAAUUUUGUUUUGUCUGUGGUCUGGAGGAAAGGCAAAAGAAAAGUCCCAGGCCUAAUGUAAGAACAUAGAUCUUCCCCUUCCUCUGAGCUAAGAUAAAACAUUACUAUUGACACAAUAAAUGGUAUGCAAAUGUAUAGGUUAGGUACAACGCUUUAAAAAGAAUUAUCUUUUAUCUGAGAAGGCUUUAUUUUCCAUCACAGCUGGAUCCCAUCUCCAGCACUCUGAUCCAAAAUACCUUUUCUUGGAACUGUUGAACAGGGCCGCUUCUAGCACAGCGGGUUAAAUUGCUAGCUACAGGAGAUCUUGCCAAUUGGAAAGUUGGCAUUUCAAGCUGUGGGUUGGAGUGAGCUCCCACUGUCAGCCCUAGCUUCUGCUUACCUAGCAGUUUGAAAACAGCAAUGUGAGUAGAUAAAUAAGUACUGCUUUGGCAGGGAUGUAAAAAAAAAAGAUGGUCCUGAAGACAUGCUGGCAAUUCAAUCAGGAAGGCGUCCAUGGACAACAGACUCCUCGGCGCAGAAAAAUGGAAGAACGGCACCACCCCAUGGCUGAAUCGAGCACAGCCUCCAGAUGCUGGAGAUGAUAAAAGUGGGAAGUCUUGCCUCUAUUUAUGUACUGUCUGCCUUUGUUGUCAAUUGUAUAAUGGCAUUGAAUGUUUGCUAUAUAUGUGCCCUGUAAUCAACUCUUGAGUCCCCUCAGGGAGACAGAGCAGAAUAUAAAUAAAGUUUAUUAUUAUUUUA